UAAAAAUAGUUGGUUAUUCCUAUUAAAGUGGUUAAAAGUAAGUACAAAUGAGUCUAAGGUCAUUGUCCUGUGGAUUGAAUUCGAAAAUAAACGUUAUCCUUGAAAAGUGCGGAAGUGUUCCAAGUAAAUCAGAAUAUUGUAUUGAAGACUGAUGUUAUAAGACAACAUUAGGAGAUAAUUUCAUGUGUGUGUUGCGUGCUGCUGAAUCGACAGCUGCAGCGUCAUCACAUACCAGGAAGUCAUGGGAGUCACACUUCAAAUCAUCGGCACGACUAUAAUAUGCCUGUCGUGUGCCAACAUGGGUAUAUUGAUGGCGUGGCCAUCUUCCACCAUUCUACUCUUCAAAUCAGAAAACACAACUCUUCAUCGGCCUAUGAGACCAGCAGAAGUGUCACUCCUUGGCAGUCUACCUUCCAUAGGAUGCCUGAUAGCCAACCCUAUUGCGGGGUUGGUCCUUGACAGGUUGGGUAGAAAGAAAUCUGUCACAUUAUCCUCUCUAAUUUUCGUGAUCGCGUGGUCAAUAAUAGCGCUAUCAAGUCAAGUAGAAGUGGUACUAACCGCGAUGUUUAUAGGAGGUCUCGGAUUCGCAGUGUUCCUGGAAUCUACUAUUUAUAUUAGCGAGAUAUGCCAGGACUCCAUAAGAGGCACAAUGACAUCAGGGCCCAUGCAGUUCUAUGGGUUCGGGAUCCUAGUCUCCUAUUUCCUGGGCGGAUGUCUGAGCUACCACCACAUGGUGUACGCCUGUCUCUCACUGUCUGUUGUUGGAGUGCUACUGCUGUCCGUGCUCAAGGAAUCCCCAUUGACACUCAUGGCUAAGGGUCGUGAAGAGGACGCUGCCAAGUCGAUAGCGUUUUAUAGAAGUGAAAAGACUACAUCGAAAGAAGUUCUGCAAGAAAUAGACAAACUGCGGCGGAUCUUCAACGUCAACGGAGAUGAUGUCCAGGGUUUGACAACGACUGAUGAAAGCCUAGCUCCUUUGCCAAAGACUAAGAAGGUGUCUUGUUGGCAAUUUUUCAAAAAUUCCCCGUCUACUCGACGCGAGUUUUACAUAAUAAUGGCCUUGAAAGUAGCGUAUAUUAUGCAAGGACUACCAGUAGUGCAGGUUUACGCAGAGCCUAUGUUUGCUGAAGCAGUGCCUCGUGACGUCAUCUCACCGAAUCUAUGCAGUGUGCUCAUGGGAGUCGUCAUGAUUGUCGCUGGCAGUAUAUCUGCGUUUCUGACUGAUAUUCUUGGGAGACGGCCGCUGAUAAUUUACUCAUCGAUAGCUGCUGGUUUCUGCUGCGUGGUACUAGGAACGCAGAUCCUGACGGCGUGGGGGCCUACGUGGAUUAUUCCCAUGUUUAUAUACGUGUACACGAUGUUCUAUACAUUUGGGGCGGGAACCGUGCCUGUAGUUAUUUUGGCUGAAGUGUUUUUACCUGAGGUAAAAAGCAUCAUGUCAAUGCUAGCAGUGGAGUGGUCGUGGACAAUGUGCUUCUUUGUCCAAUUUAUAUUCAACCUCCUCAUAAGUUCUGUGGGCCUGGUACCUGUCUUUUACUUCUUCGCUUUUAUGUGCUUCUCUACUGCAAUCUUCUUCUUUUACUUCUUGCCAGAGACUAAAGGACUGUCAGUUUAUGCCAUUCAGGAAUUAUUUUCUAAGAAAUGGUUACGUUAAUUAGAUAUUAUUUGUUAAUAAGAAUGUAAU